UCAUCUUAUGCGGGGCGUGCCCUGCGCUCCAUUGCGCUUCGUUUCCCUUCGCUUCUUCUCUUCCGACUCUCGCUCCCCGCGUGGCCGCAUCUCUUUCUCCAAAGCACAUCACUGUGGAGACUGCAGGCCGAACAGGGAAAGGAAAAAAAGAUCGAUAGUCGUUGCAAACCAUGUCGAAAUUUUCCUCCAAGGGAGAGCAGUACGCUGCAGAGCUGGCCAGCGCGCGGCUACGAGGUGAAUGGGCCACCUCCGAGAUCGGCAAUAGCAGCACAAGCGCAAGUGGAGGUAGCUCAUCCGCUGCUGUUGCUGCUGCUAGCGGCAAGAAGACCGCCGAGUGGUCCGAGCUGCUGCGUAAAUUCAUCAAGCACAACCCCGACAGCAAACUGGUUGCCGAUGUGGCUGCCGCUGAGCAGGAGCUGCGGGUGCAGCUCGCCACUUUCUAUGCCUCGCAGGGUUACGGCGAUCAUUCGCACGCGCAGGACAGCGCUGCGCCGACGCAUAAGGACACGACUACCUUCCCGCCCGUCGCGUCCGACUCCGUAUACGCGAGCAGCAUUGUGCGGGCCGUUGAAAAGCUCGCGAUGCUACAGCAGCAGCAGGCAAAGACCGAGGUUCAGCGCAACGCCAUUGCGCCGAUCCACGCACUCGGAUUGCAUGCGCUCGGCAGGGACGAAGACGCCGUUGCGCUCCUGCACGACGCCCGCUUCAUCGAAAGCUUGCAGAUUGAUGAUCUCAAGGACGUCAGGAACAGUGAGGACUACACUGUUGCGCUGCUCAUGAUGGGCUUCGUCGUUUAUGGCAUGGCAAACGAGCGGCUGCACCACGCGGACCCCAGCGCGGGCUAUGCGCCGUUUGCGUUCGCGGGCUACGCACGCGCGAUCGACCUGCAUGAGGGCGUGCGUGGCGGCAAGGCAGCGAAUGCCCUGCGCGGGCUGUCGGCGGACGAGAUUGAGCGAUGGGCCGAGAAUGCGCUGUAUCGCAAUGCGCUGCUGAGCGUCCGCGAAGGCGACAUGACGCUCGGCUUGAACGCCCUGCGUGCCUACCAGGCACACGCUGGCCGCUGGCCGAGCGACUUCCGCAUCGUCCAGCGCUCCGUCAUUUACCGCACUUAUCUGCAGGCGCUCAACCGUUCUGUCGAGGAGUCCAACUACCUCGAGCCGCCCUCUCUGCCGCCCAAGUCGACCAACGACCCGCGCUCGCAGGCGUACCAGUUCAAUGUUGUGCAGGCCGUCGCUUCGCGCGUGUCCGUCCGCAACUUUGCCAGAGAGCGCACGCGGCGAGACUCCCAGAGGCCCGUCACGCCUGGCGUCACGAGUCACGCAAUCACAUCGCGGACCGUCUCGACACGCCGGCCGAACAAGCACCUCGCUUUGAGGCCCGGUAGCACCGUCUGGUCGAACGAGAUGCUCACCGUGUCGCUGCUCGCGUCCAGCGCCAUCAAGCGCGGCUCCGCCUUCCCCAAGGCGGGCCGGCUGAACGCUGCUGCGCUCGACCUCGCCGAUGCGCUCGUCCGUGGCUGGGAGCUUGACGGCGAAAAGGGCGGCGCCGACGCGGACGAGCUAGCGCAGACGCUCUACACGCUUGCCAAGCUCUCGUUUGGAUCGCAGCGUAUUGCCCGAAGUCUCGUGCGCGUCCUCGCCGCUGCCGAGCUCUACGACGAGGCCAAGCUCGCGCUCGAGCUGUAUGUUAAGCUCGUCGACAAGUCGCGCCAAGCUGACGCCGCGCAGAGCGACGCGCUCGCCAGUGAGACAAGCGAGGGAAAGAGGGUCAACGGCGGCGGCGCUCCUGCCACUGCGAAUGGGAUGGUCAAUGGAACGGAAAAGCACGCAAAGGACCUCGCGCAUGACGCCGACGAUGCUAAGACGUACGUGUGCAUGCUGGCUUUCGGCUCGCGGCUGUGCUGCAAGUACCUCUGUGCCUUUGCGGACGCAGACAAGUUUGCGCGCAAGGCGCUGGAAAUUGCGCAGAAGGACAAGCAGCUCUCGGACAAGGCGGCCGUUCCGAGCCUGCUCGCGCAGCUCAAGCGCGUCGCAGGCACCGCACGUUCGGCGCUGGCCAUUGCGGAAGGGAGCCCGUUGACGCGCUCGCAGACGCAGCAGGAGGCGCUCGCGCUUUUGUUGGAGGCGGCCGACCUGGACGCGCAAUCGGCAGAGACCUUCUACCACCUUGCCUUCGUCCAGGCCGAGCUGCGUGACGUUGCGGCCGCCACCGUUAGCGCGCGACGUGCCGUCGAGCUGGAGCCUGCCAGCAUUGAGCCGUGGCACCUGCUCACGCUUUUGUUAUCCUGUAACAAAGACUAUAAAGGCGCAUUGACACUCGCCGAAGUGGCGCUGGAGCAGGCGGAAAAGGACGAUGGGCAUGAUCAAAGCUUUACCACUAAGGAAGGCCUGCAGUCGCGCGCUGUCGUCAACGGCGUCUCGGUCGCAGGGCCGACAGAGGUGCGCACCGCACUGCUCAGCUACGACUACCCGCCGCGCGGGUCCGAGCGCGCCGAGUCGAUCCUUCGCUUGCUGACGACGCACAACGCGCUUGAGGAGGUAGUCGAAGGUACAGAAGCAGCCAUUGAGGGCCAGAAAGAGAUCUUUACUUUCUUCCACGAUCGCAUCGCUACCGACGCCACGCUUCGCAACGCGAGGGCCGGUAACACGACGCUACCCAAGACCAACACUGUGUCAUCUGCUAAGAUGGACAACGACUACGGCAUCUCGACGCAGAAGCGCAGCAGCAGGCUCUCGACAUUGCUGCACAUCCAUUCGCCGAGUGUACAUGUCAGUGGAGUUGCAGCUGUUCGCGCGGCAUCGGCUGCUCCUGACGCCAGGACUGCCACGCUCGAAGGUGGCACGCGGUAUGGCACCGUCACCGGGCUCGGGCAGAGCGGGGCGUGGAACGUCCGCUCCACCACGCUUUCGUUGAAUGCUGUUACGUUCGGCACCCGCUCCUCCCGUGCGCUGACGAUUGCGUUGCCGCCACCCGCCGCCACGGAUGUGUCUGCGGGAGAUGGAGAGGACUGGUCGCCGGAAUCGCAGCGUUUCGCGCUGCACGCCAGGCGCGAAACCGACAUGCUGUCAUCGCUCUGGCUCAUGAGCGCCGCGACGUUCCGCAGGGCUGGCAAGCUGAGCGAAUGCCGCAUCGCAGUGCAGGAAGCGGAGCGCAUCGCUCCGAACAAUCCAAGUGUCUGGCUGCAGCUUGCGCUUUGGUUCGUCGAAAGCGACAACAUCGGCCUUGCCACUUCUUCGCUGUACAAGGCCCUGGCGUGCAAGGGCGACCACAUCGCAUCCUCUGUCCACCUUGCGCGCAUCUUCCUCUCCAACCCAGACAGCAUACCGGCUACGAGCCACGACAGCUCGGCGUUUACCCCUUCUGCGCAGAUGCCCACACCCGUUCCUCGGCCAGGCGUCAAGCACGACUUCCUCGACAGCCCGCAAAGCCGCAGCAUCGGCGUAUCGCCCAAGGUGAAGGAUUACAGCCCUGGCGGUAAGGAAACACACUUCAAAAGUACAGCUGAAACGACGGCUAGCCGCGAGACGAAGAAGCUCACUGCCCUCAGUCUGGCGGAGGGACUGCUGAACACAACAACCGCCUCGAGCGGCUGGGACGUCCCCGAGGCUUGGCUGUUCAUCGGCCAUGUGGCGCAGAAGACCGGUCGUCCAGAGAGGGCUGCAGAGUGCCUGCGAUAUGCCCUUGCACUCGAAGAAACAAAACCGAUUCAACCGCUCAGCAUCGCUCUCGAGCGAACAACAUGAAUCUUGAUCUUAUCUCUUCUUAUAAUGCAACGGCCUCUCGGGAUGCUGCAUAACGGAUACCAUGAUAAUGUAUGGCUUGCCUAGAAUUGUCAACUUGCUUAGUGUACAUCGUGAAUUUGCAUGCGUUGCUGCGGCAGCAUUGGCCGACCAACAUUUAACGGCGCGCGAGAGCAAUGACGAGGUCCCAUCCAAAGAUGAUCUUCUUGAUUUCCAGCAAGCGCUUCAUCUCUCGUGUCGCCACUCCCGACGCGCCCGUACCGACGUCUGCAAAGAAACGCCGCAAUUCAACGGCAAUUGCAUCUGGAGAGCUGAGCCCCGUCGUUGAUGGUGGCAACAGGACAAAGUCGGCUGGUGACUGAAGGCUCCUAACGAGACUACCGAGUAGGAAGAAAAUCAUGGCGACGAGAAUCAAAGUGCUGAUGGAAUAGGUUCGAGUUUGGAGUCCUUCCAUUAGACUGUGCAGUUGCUGCUGUGGU